GAAAAGAAGGUCAUCGUGCGAUGUACGUCUACGCUAUACGUCUUUCUGUAUGUAUGAAUCUUGUUUAUUGGAUCAUUGCCCCAGGCCCAGUUCAUUGCGAAUAAAAGGCAUUGAUUUCUGUUUACUACUGUGCUUCAGAAGUUUGGGGAAUUCAUAAAUCUUCCAUCAGUUGGUUUUAAUAGACUCAUUACAUUUAGCGUCCUCCGUAUUCGCCGGUUCAUGCCGAAGAGACGGCUUUUUUAAUUGGCAUAGGGUAGCACGGCAUACGGUAGUAGAGGCACGGUAACGGUGCUGGUCUACGCGAGGAGUCCGGCAGGGCAGUGCUUGUCUGCUCUGGUGGAGAAGACGAGCUAGCCGCAGCUGCAGUGUAUACUGUGCUGUAUAUUUUUGUUUUUACACAGAGAUGAAAACAGAAUAGCCAUUCUUCAUCAUGAAGUAUGUUAACCAGUUGACUGUUCUCAUGCUGUACCUGUCGUUCAGAGGUUCUGCAUUUGCAUUAGCUCAAGAGGGUUUGAAUCCAGAUAGCAGCAACCCUCAACGGAAUCCAACCGCUGAAAAGACUGAAAAGGUUUUGCAUCUGGAUGACAAUGCAGACCAAAAUGUUGAUUCUGGAAAGGAUUUAAAUGUGCAAUCAUUAGAGACAGCUGCUCAAUUGGAAGCAGGUGAAGAAGACACUCCAAAAGUAGUCCCAAAACAAUCUGAUAAUCAAGAGCAUACUGGGGCACAAGAAAUUGUGAGAAAACAUAAUUCAAUGCAUUCAGGAAACUCUGAGCAACAUAAGUCUUCCAAUGAAAAAUUAAAGCAGGAGCAAGUAAGGGACCAGAGUGUCACUGACGUAAGGACUAAUAAUGAGCGAUUGCAACAGAAAAGUGAUACAAACGUAAAUCUUAAUCCACAAAAUAUUAUUGAUGCAGCUGUCGAACAUGAUCAAACUGACCAAUCAAGUGCAGCUAGCCAGCAAGUCAGACAAAAGAAUACAAUCCAGGAUCCAAACCAACCUAAUGUGGUGCAGCAACAGUUUUCUCAGGGUAAUGAUCAACAACACAAUCAAAUGCAAAAGCAGCAGCACAUCCAUCCUAUUAGACAACCAAAACAAACUCAGCCAUCUAAACAGGAGGAUCAGGAAGCACAGACUGUAUCUUCACAAGCACAAGGAAAUGUUCCACAACAGCAGCCCAUAUCCGAACAGCCAGUGACUGAUCAAUCACCACAACAACAUAGGUCUACUGAACAGCUACAACAGCCAUCAACAGUAUCACAUGAAAAUAAUAAACAGCAAGAAGGAGAUCCACAGGCGGAAUCAGUUGGUGACCAACAAUCUUCUCAGUCACAAGAACAAGAAGUUAAACUAACACAGACACAAUCCAAAACACCACAAAAUCUUAAUCAACAGAAUAAUGCUCAGACACAUCAAUAUAUAAAGGGUAGCUCUAGAACAGUUGUACAUGGUGAUAAAGUAAAAGAAAGUGCCCCUUCCUCUAGUUCUUCAUAUAACCCUCCUGACACGCAACAGAGCGUCUCUGAUAACCUACUCAAUGACAACCAUCAACAUGAAGGAACUUCUGCUCAAACCGGUCAUGCCACCAUGGAGAAGACAGAGGAAGAUGAUGCAAAGGAAACCAAGGGUGAUACAGCCAUUAGAAUGACCAGUGCAUCCGAAAAUGAGCAAAUCUCAGAUGAUGACAUCAAACCUCUGGCUAGUCCUCCUGUAGAGAAUAAUGAAAAAGAGAAAGUCGAGAAGCCAGUCGACCCAGAAACGCAGGAGAGAUUGAGGAAAGGUGAAGAGCUUUACCAACAAGCUUUGGAACUAAUUAAUUCUACUGAAGACCAGUCUGAUCUAGCAUACAAGCUUCUUGUAAAGGCAGCAUACCUGGAACAUCCUAAGUCUAUGUCAAUGGUCAGUUAUUCCUUCCUGUUUGGUGACAAGCUACCUAUGAACAUAACUGGAGCUUAUGACAUAUUCACCCGUCUUGCUAACCUGGGAGAUCCACGCGGACAAGCAGGUCUUGGUUUCCUGCAUGCUACUGGUGUUGGAUCUAACUCUAGUCAAGCCAAAGCAUUGGUCUACUACACCUUCUCUGCUCUUGGUGGGGAUGCUUUUGGACAAAUGAUGAUGGGCUACCGGUUUUGGUCUGGGGUAGGAGUAGCUCAAAACUGCGAGACUGCUAUGUCAUACUACAAGAGAGUAGCCAGUAAAGUUGCUGACAAUGUGGUGGUUUCUUAAUCAACGAUCCGGGUGGGGGGUAAUAUUAUGGUUCGAGUACGUCUCUUUGAUGAGAAUGAAGAUCUAGACACUGAUGCUGGAAUGCUUGAUGACGAUCUCAUUCAGUAUUAUCAAUUUUUAGCAGACAAGGGUGAUGUCACUGCUCAGGUUGGUCUUGGGCAACUCAACUAUCAAGGUGGACGAGGAGUCCUUCGAAAUCAUCAGAGAGCAUUUGAGUAUUUCACCCAAGCUGCUGAAUCUGGUGAUGCUACAGCUCAAGCCUACCUUGGAAAAAUGUACUCUGAAGGAGGACCUCUAGUAAAACAAGAUAAUGCUACAGCUCUGAAAUAUUUCAAGAAAGCUGCUGAUCAGAAUAAUCCCAUAGGACAGAGUGGACUAGGUCUUCUUUACCUGCAUGGGCAAGGAGUUGAACGGGACCAUGUUCAGGCAUUCCAGUACUUUCAACAAGCAGCAGAUCAAGGUUAUGUAGAUGGUCAACUUCAUCUUGGUACAAUGUAUUAUAGUGGACUUGGAGUAAAACGAGAUUAUAAGAUGGCAGUGAAAUACUUCAAUCAUGCCUCUCAGUCUGGUCACAUCCUUGGUAUCUAUAAUCUAGCUCAGAUGCAUGCUACUGGUACAGGGGUCAUGAGAUCAUGUCAUACUGCUGUGGAGCUGUACAAGAAUGUUGCUGAGAGAGGAGAAUGGUCUAGACUCCUUGAGUCAGCUAGGAAAGCCUAUGUUGACAGGAAGAUACACACUGCUCUUCUACAAUACUCAUUCGCUGCUGAACUUGGAUAUGAAGUUGCACAGAGUAAUGUGGCAUACCUAUUGGACAGAGGUGAAGUAAAUAUAUUUGGAUUCAAUGAAACAUACCAAAGAGCCUUGCUUCAUUGGCAAAGAGCUGCAGCACAAGGUUACACCCAUGCUAGAGUCAAGCUAGGUGACUAUCACUAUUAUGGUUAUGGGACCGAUGUGGAUUAUGAAGCCGCAGCUUUACAUUACAGACUUGCAUUUGAACAGCAACAUAAUGCACAAGCCAUGUUUAACUUGGGAUACAUGCAUGAACAAGGAUUGGGCCUUAAAAGAGAUAUUCAUUUGGCAAAGCGUUUUUAUGACAUGGCUGCAGAGGCCAGUCCAGAUGCUUAUGUCCCUGUUAUGCUGGCUUUGAUAAAACUUGGUGCUGUCUAUUCUUGGGAAUACCUCCAAGAGAAUUCAGAUGUACUAAAGACACUGGACAUGGAUGCAUUAUUUGGUCAGUACUGGGAUGUAUACAUCAUCACAGCUCUAUUAGGACUCAAUAUCAUGCUUGGGGUGCUUGUCUUAGCCAGGAGACACUUUGUUUAAUCCCCCUUCUUCUCAUCCUUACACCCCCCCCCCCUCCCUACUCUCUCUUCCCAUUCUUAUCCCCACCCUUCCAUUCUUCCUCUUAAUUCCCACCAAUGGACAUAGAAAUUUGACUGGGUAUUACUGUAAUGAGCCUUGAUUGUUCAUCAUCAUUUAAACCCAACCAGAAAGGAAGUAGAAUGUACAUGUAUAACGAAUUGAAUGUCCCCUUUUCCUUUGCCCAUCGUAGUAUAUGAAGUUGUCGUGACUGCUGGUAUCAUCCCAACAUGCAAAUACUUUGCCAAAUUAUGCUGUAAGGAUAAAAUGGUGCAUCCAUGUAACUAUCCCCCCCCCCCCUCCCACCUGCAACCAAUCUUGAUUACUUAAGAAACCUUGUUUCAUUGAAUAAAACCUGUGAAUGAUUGCAUUAUUUGAUUAUAGUUUAAGGCUAGUUUUGGUAAUGAAUACCUUAGAGGCGCAAUAGUAGGAUAAUCACCUCCCCCUUCCAUGGUUUGAUGGAAUGGUUUAUCUUCUUUGUUUUUGAUUCAACAUAUAAUCCAUUUCUCUUUCGGUCUUCUCCAUAAGAAAUAUGUGGCUCAGAUCACUUUACAUUGCAAAUUGCUUUUUAAACAUAUCUGUUUGAAUAGUUUUUUGCAUUUAAUUGAAGUAAAUAUGGCCUAUCUUGGCCAAAGGAUAAGGAUGGGUUGUACAUAUCUUUGACAUAUCUUUCAAUUUCCAACUAUUUUCGAUGAUGACAAUUACUUGUUAACCUUGUUCAGGAUAUAAAAUUUUGAGAGGACAUACUAUUUACACAUGGGUCAUAUGUUGGGUAAAUUCAAAUAUGACAGCCUAGUCUCAUUCCAGUUUUAGUCUAUCAUAUUUAUAUAUCUGUCAUUUCAAUUAUAUGGAUUUCUAUGAAUUUUUAUCUUCAAUUCAAUGAGUGCAUUAUUUGUUUGUUGUAAAUGUAAUGGCUUUAUUGCCAUAUAUUCUAUUAUCACAUUGGUUGUAAAUUAGAUAAUGUGAUUUAUUUGAAUUUGUUUUAUUUCUAUAUUUGAUCUCAAAAAGUUCAUUUAUUAAUAUUAUGAUUUACAUUAUCUAAUAUGAUGUAAAUCUGUGUUUGCUUUGGUUUAAGUUUGUAUGAUUUCAAUGGGUUAUCAAUAAAGCACUAAUAUAUAAGUAUUUAGUUAUUAUUUUUCAUCAUAACAAACAGUGCCUUAUAUUCUUUUUUUUUCAUGAGCUGUUUGUAGAAGUUUAUAUUUACCUUUCAUAUAGUGUAGAAAGAUAAUGUCAUCACAUCUAUUGGUUACUACGUAUCACCAUUUGUUAUUAAUACUUAACAAUUAAGUGUUUUCUGAUUGAAGGUGUUUUUUAUUGAAAUAGCCAUUAUUUGCAAAAGAAUUACAAAAAUAUAAAAUGCACAAUUAAAUGGAAGAUGAAUGAAUAUGAUAUCAGAAAAAAAGAUACAUAACAUGAUGUAGAAAUAUGAUUGUCAUAUUUAUUGACAUACAUUGUUCAGGUAGAAAAUCUAAAUGAUAUGCUUUGUUAUAGGUGGUUGAACUUAAUGAAACAUAGAUCUGAAUUCAUGCAAAUGGUAUCCAGAUGUUGUCUUGAUCUAUUUACACUUAAAUAUGCUGGAUACAUUUACAAAAAAGUAUGUUGAUGAGUUCAAUUCUGCCAAAAAUACCAUAUUAAUGAUUUCCGGAAAUGUUCUGAUUUUCAUUUCAUAUCUUCACCGUACAUGUUUAAUUAUAUCUACAUGUAGGAUAUAGGUUACUAGUGAUAGUUUGCUGAUAGAAAUGCAGUAAUCAUUGUGUUUAUUGUGAACCUGGUUAAGUAUAGUUAUGCCUUGAUUUAAAAAAAAUGAUUUGAAUAAUAUGACUUGCUUUCUCUAACAGAAAAUCAAUAACUGAUUGAAAUAUAUUAUGUUCUUACUUUCUAAUACAUCAUUUAGAGGUAUCAACAAUUCAAAUAUGCAUGUGUGAGGAAUAUGCCAUUCAAGAAUUCACACACAUGAAUAAUUGUUUUUAAUUAUUGAUUUAAAAAUGUGGAUGGAACCUCAGAUGUAAAUUAGUGAAUUUAACAACCUAUGUCCAUGCAUGAUACAUCUUGGUCUUUAAAGCUCUUGUGUGAAUUAGAGAAAUCACACAGCAAUUUGGAUCAUGACUUAGGUAUUGUAUUAAACAUGGUUCAAGGCUCACUAACAAAGCUCACUACAAAUUUUCUUCAGACUUGGUUAGACUUGGUAAAAGGUGUCUUUUUCCUGAAGAAUAUGAUGUACACCCUACUUUUUUCUGGAGUUACUAAAGAAAAUAAAGCAUUUCAAAUCUAGUAUAUCAAGCUCAUUGCCCCUUUAUUAAUUUCAAGCAAUAAGAAGUACUAGCACUUUAUCAUUAAUAUGGAUCUAACACUAUUUUUGCUCAGUUUCACUCUAGAAAGACAGUUACAUCAUAUUGCAUAAUUGCCAAUUAUUUGCAAACUACCCCCAAAUUAAGUGUGGGGCAUUUAACUUCAGCAUGAAAAUGUCAUUUAUAGCUCAUGAAUUAAUAUUCAGUGACAAGCAUAUAUAUCAAGCAGCCUUUAUUGGUUUAAUCUUAACUUAUUGUCAGUGAAACUCACCUUGUUGGGUAAUUAUCUAAUUAUCUACAUACUAAAAUAAAUUGGAAAAAUUCUUCAGUUGUCUGGAUCUGUUAUAUAACACCCAAUUGAUUCUAAACAAAGUAUGAAAUGAUUUGAAUAUUUCAUUUUUAUGUGAUUACAGCAACUUCGUGCAAAAUAACAAUAAUAAUAAAGGCUUAAGUACUCAACAUGAAUAUUUUUAUGGACUAAAAACUUUACUCUUCUUUUAUUUAACAGCUUCUAAAUAAUUUCAAUUGUAUUUCUCAUUUUUAGUGGUAGUAUAUAUGUACAAGGUGAAGGAAUUCAUUUUCAUUUCAUACAUGGGUGAGAUGGAUCAAACAGCCUGCCCUUGAUAAUACGAUAUAUUACUAUCAGGGACUUUAUUCCUGCGAAUGCUUUUAUCUUAUUAAUCAAGUCUCAUUUAGUUGAUGUAGGCCAUUAUUUGAUCGUAGAGACUAGGUUGACUUGCCCCUAUGUACACUGAAGAGAUUUUCCCCUUGGUGAGUAAUAUACCAUACAAUGAUGUUUGUAUUGUAUCUUCAAUAAGGAGACCUAUGAAAAAAUCAUUGUGUAAAAAUAGUGCUAAUGAAUAUAUUAUGUGUUUGGGUAAAUGAUGAAGAGAAAUAAAUUAAUUUAAAUGUUGUUAAA